AUGAUUACGCGCCCAGUAAGGAUAGCGCCACUACAUCUUCGUGCUCUUUUAAGAAACAGGGUUGUUAUCUGUCGAUAUAACUCUACGAGCAACGACAAAUAUUCUGACAUUGAAAAGUUUAAUAACCAGAAAACAAAGUACAAUUAUGGUUACAAUUUUGAUCACUUGGAAGACAAGGUCACAGAUUUCAAAAAGGGUGACCACCCUGAAACAAUAAAAGACCAGGCCAAUACCAAUGCCAACCAGAGUAAAGUACUUGAAGAAAAUGAGAGGUCAAGAAGGAUUUCGCCACAAGAAGAUGAGAUCCUCGAUGUCAAUGCCAUAAUCGAGCAAGACCCCCGCCUUCUCCAACAUCGUCCGGGCUCUCCCGAGUAUCGUGAGCUACUCCAUAAACUUCACCAAGAAUUUCUUGCCAACCAAGGUAAAAAACACAAGAGAUAUGAAUUCAAUGAGCGGAUCAAAGGUGUGUUUCUUGGACUUGCUGCACUUUUGGGAAUUGUUGUUGCACAUCAGACAUUUAUGAACUACGGAUCUAUAAAAAACCGAGUAAUGCUGAAAUAUACAUAUGGGGAUAUGAAUGAUGAUGCAGUGGAAGAAAGUUUGCAAAAAUCGGCUCACCAGUCAAAUACAAAAGGAUCGAAACAUUUAGCAGAAAAAUUGGAAAAAGAAUUGAGUGACAAAAAUUUAGCAACAAUGCAAAACUCAAGGCAAGUACCAGGAGUUUACUAUUUCGGCGAUAAUGUCAAAAUACCUAUAAGAAUACCGGCAUUUGAUGGAAUGUAUCUAAAAGAUGUACUUGUUGGCAAAGGACAAAUUGUGGCUGUCACCGAUGAUGGCAACGUAUAUGAAUGGAAGAAAAACCGUCGUGGAUCUGGUGCCGGUGCUGGUUCUAGUACUGGUGCUGGUGCUGGUGUCGAAAGUGGAAGUGGAAAACUCAAUCACAUAAAAUUACCAUCGAAAGUUGAAAAAGUUGUUGGAAGCAAUGACUUUCUCUAUUUCCUCGCCAACAAUGGAGAAGUUUUGUAUACCCCAAGAGCUGAUGCCGAAGGUUUCUUGCCAAUGUUAAAGAGAAACUGGCUUGGAUUGUUGAAAACACAUCAUUGCAAUAAACUAAAUGCGUCAAAUAUCAAGGACUUGAAAGCAGGUGCCCACCAUUUGCUUUUGCUUGACAAAUUUGGUCAAGUCUCUGUGGUUAACACAUCAAAGAAACCAGAUAAUCGUGGCCAAUUUGGUCCUAGCUAUUCUCCCUUUGACAAUAGAACCAUUGCAGUUAAUGAAGUGAUUGAUUUGCCAUUGUUGAACAAUGAAGUGAUUACCAGUAGUAUUGGUAAUGGCAGUGGUGCUACAGCUGUCAAUGAUAUUAGCAACAACAAAGUUCUUUCACCACGAACUUUCACCAACAUUGCUAGUGGUGCAAAUUACAACAUCGUUGCUGAUAAGCAAGGUAAUAUAUGGACGUGGGGUGACAAUUCGUUUGGACAAUGUGGCGAUUCCAAUACUACAAAGUAUAAGCCGAUUCCAAAGAAAGUGCUUGAUAAGGAUGAUUAUAAACGAAUCUGUAGAAACACUGUUGCAAAAAAGACUAGGGAAGAUCAUUUCCAAUUGAAAAAAGUUUUGGCCAGUAAUGAUACAAGCUAUGUGGUUGUUAGCUACGAUGAUCAAGAUAUAAUUUUGAGUUUUGGAAGUGGUAUCAGUGGUCAAUUGGGUGGUGGAAGAUAUAUGCAAGUAUGCUCAUACCCGGAGAUUAUGAAAUCUUUGACCGGCUUGCAGGAGUUUGAUGAAAAUAUAAACUCUGUUAAGAAUAUAGGAAUUAAGGACAUUUCUGCAGGAAGUAAUCAUGCAUUUAUUACGCUUGAUAAUGCUGGUGAGUGCAAGGAUGUGUUUGCUGUAGGUGCAAACGACUUUGGACAACACGGUAAUGGUAAAAAAGUCAAGAAUUGCAAACCGACAAAAUUGCCAAGACUUCUCGAGCCCAGCGACGGAACCGACAAAUUGAGUCUCGCUAAAGCCAUCAAGGAUGUCAAUACUCAGAGAUUGCAACUAUUUGAAAACCACAAGGACGGUCGCAAAUCGAUUGUCGAUCAAGUUAUAGUUGCUGGAGAUGAUGCAUCGGUAAUCUAUUAUAGUAAAAAGUGA